UAUGGCGUGUUGGCGUGGAGGGCCGGUUUUCGUCGCGGAUAUUUAGUCUAUUGUCCUGUCAUCAUAGGUUUUUUCGGACAGUGCGCUCAUUAGAUUGUUCUGAAUUAGGGGUCUCAAAAUGUCGGAUUUUCCGUACCUGGGGAACAGGAUCAGUCUCAUUUCCAGCUCCCAGAUCCGGUAUGAGGGUAUCCUGUACACAAUUGACACCGUCCAGGGUACGGUCACCCUAGCGCAAGUCCGUUCAUUCGGUACCGAAGAUCGGCCGACUGAACGACCUGUAGCUGAGAGAGAUGAGAUCUAUGACUUCAUCGUGUUCCGUGGCUCCGACAUCAAGGACAUCAAGCUCUGCAAUGUCCAAGUCCAGAAGACCUAUGAUGACCCGGCAAUUGUUGAGAUGGGGUCGUCGACCAGCUCGGGCGGCGCGCCGGGCGGCUCCGCGCUCGUCUCCGGCGGCGGCAUCAUGGACUAUGCGGCGCCCGCCCAGCCGGCAGCCGACCUGCUGACGGGCUCGUCGCGGUCGACCACGCCGUCGCGCCGCUCCCCGACCAUCGACCAGGGCGUGCAGACCCAGCAGGACCGGCAGCACCGGCACCGCGACGGCCAGCGCGGUGGCUACCACAGCUACCAGCGGGGCGGCGGUGGCGGAGGCGGCGGCGGGUACCGCACGCAGCGCGGCGGACGGCGCGGCGGCCGCGGCCAGAGCCGGGGCACCUUCCAGGUCAGCGCGCGCCCCAUAAAGUUCGACGGCGACUUCGACUUCGAGGAGGCCAACAAGAAGUUCGAGGAGCUGGCCGCCCAGCUCGCCAAGACGAAGAUCACCACCCCGGCUGGCGCUGAUGAGAACGGCGAGGCCGGCGAGGCCGGCGCCGAGGAGGAGCCGGAGGAGGGCGAGGUGCCCGACCAGGCUGAGGAGCCGGUCGUCUUCUACAACAAAACCAAGUCGUUUUUCGACAACAUCAGCUGCGAUGCCAUCGAGAAGGCCAGAGACAACCGGCAGCGCCGCCAGGACUGGCAGAAGGAGCGCAAGCAGAACCUGGAGACGUUCGGCGUGGAGGGCACGCGCCGGCCGUACCGGCGCGGCGGCUACGGGCGCGGCUACUAUAACAACCGCGGCGGCGGCGGCGGCGGCGGCGGCGGCGGCGGCUACUACGGCAACCGCGGCGGCGGAGGCUACUAUAACAACCGUGGUGGCGGCUACUACAACAACCGGGGCGGUUACCGGGGAUACUACAACAACUACAACCGGGGGUACAACAGCCGGCGGGGUGGCGGCGGUGGCGACGGCUCGUACCAGCGCGGCGGCCGCUCUGAGCGGGGCCAGGAGGCCAGCAGCUGGCCGAGCGCCGAGCCACGCUCGGAGGCCGUGCAGAACUAGGCGGCGCCGGCGCCCCCGGCCGGCGCGCGCCAACGUUACAGUGCAAAGGUGCGCUGCGGCGGGG